ACUACCUCCCCAGAGAAAGACUUGUCCCAUUUUUUGCCCUUAGAAUCUCAUGAACUUAGUAGAAAACAUCAUGUCCUUAUCAAAUAUGAACUUCAGCAACCUAUAUGAACUGAAAUAUGACUUUUCUUGUGAACUCUACAGAAUGUCUACAUACUCCGCUUUCCCAGUCAAUGUUCCAAUCUCAGAAAGGAGUCUCGCUCGGGCUGGAUUUUAUUACACUGGUGUAAAUGACAGAGUUAAAUGUUUCUGUUGUGGCUUAAUGCUGGAUAACUGGAAACAAGGAGACAACGCGAUUGACAAACAUAAACAAUUAUUUCCCAGCUGUGCCUUCAUUCAGAAUCUGACUUCAGCUAACAAUCUAGAAUCUAACUCUCAGCCUGCUCUUUCUUCCUCACUGAAUAGUGCCUCAUGUUCAUUAUCUCCCAGUUCAGAACAGAGUGGAUAUUUCAGUGGUUCUUAUUCCAGUUUUCCACUGGAGCCAGUGACUUCCAGAGGAGUUGAGGACUUGUCCCCUUUGAACACCAGCCCCUACAGUUAUUCAAUGAGUACGGAAGAUGCCAGAAUUCUUACUUACCAGGCAUGGCCAUUGACAUUUCUGUCACCAUUAGAUCUGGCAAGAGCUGGCUUUUAUUACAUAGGACCUGGAGACAUGGUAGCUUGCUUUGCCUGUGGUGGGAAACUGAGUAACUGGGAACCAAAAGAUGAUGCCAUGUCAGAACAUCGGAGACAUUUUCCUCACUGUCCUUUCCUGGAGAGUCAAAUCCAAGAAACAUCAAGGUUCAAUGUUUCUAAUCUGAGCAUGCAAACCCAUGCAGCCCGUGUGAAAACCUUUGUGACCUGGCCACCUCAAAUUCCAGUUUAUCCAGAGCAGCUUGCAAGUGCUGGCUUUUAUUAUGUGGGUUGCAAUGAUGAUGUGAAGUGCUUUUGCUGUGAUGGUGGACUGAGAUGUUGGGAAUCCGGAGAUGAUCCUUGGGUGGAACAUGCCAAAUGGUUUCCAAGGUGUGAGUACUUAAUUGAAAUGAAAGGACAACAGUUCAUCAAUCAGGUUCAAGCCAGUUAUCCUCAUCUUCUUGAACAGCUGCUAUCUACAUCAGAUGUUCCUGUGGAUGAAAAUGCUGACCUACCAAUUAUUCAUUUUGGACUGGGAGAAAACCAUGCAGAAGAUGCAGUCAUCAUGAAUACAUCUGUGGUCAGAUCAGCUUUGGAAAUGGGCUUUGAGAGAAGGCUAAUAAAACAGACAGUUCAGAGUAAAAUUUUAACAACUGGAGAAAAUUACAAAACAGUCAGUGAUCUUGUAUCAGAUUUGCUUAAGGCAGAAGAUGAAACAAGAGAAGAGGAAGAACAAGCUGAGGAAAUAGAAUCAGAUGACUUAUCAUUAAUUCAGAAGAACAGAAUGGCCCUGUUUCAACAUUUGACCUGUGUGCUUCCUGUUCUGGAUUGUCUGUUGAUUGCCAAAGUGGUCAAUGAACAAGAAUACAAUGUUAUUAAACAAAAAACACAGAUAUCUUUGCAAGUCAGAGAACUGAUUGAUACCAUUAUAGUUAAAGGAAAUAUUGCUGCAAAUAUAUUUAAAAAAUGUCUCAGAGAUUUCGACCCAGUCUUACAUGACAAUUUAUUUGUGGAAAAGAACAUGAAGUAUAUUCCAACAGAAGAUGUUUCAGGCUUGCCAAUAGAAGAACAAUUGAGGAGAUUACAAGAAGAAAGAACCUGUAAAGUUUGUAUGGAUAAAGAAGUAUCUGUUGUUUUUAUUCCUUGUGGACAUCUAGUAGUUUGCAAAGAAUGUGCAUCUUCCCUAAGAAAAUGUCCUAUUUGUAGAAGUACUAUCAAGGGUACAGUUCGUACAUUUCUUUCAUAAAGAGAAAUCAAUAAUUCUCUAAACUUUUGCAGAUGAGGAAUUCAAAUGUUAUCUUAAGCCUUCAGAAAUAAAGAUUGUUAUUACUUAUACCUGAUUGACUGAUAUCU